AUGCUCUGCGCCUCAACAGACACCUCCCCCUCCGACCCCCCCGACCUAGCCGAAGUAAAAUCCCAAAUCAAGCUCAUCCUCCGUCGCCUAACCCGCACUUCCAACCCCCAAGCCAGCAUCUCGUCAGGCGCCUACACAAUCCACUACCUUCUCCAGUCCGACAUCGUCUACCUCACCAUCACCGACGCCUCCUACCCCCGCAAGCUCGCCUUCACCUACCUCUCCGACCUCGCCACCGAGUUCUCCACCACCUACCCCCAGCAGCAGCUCAUGUCCACCAUCCUCCGCCCCUACGCCUUUAUGGAGUUUGACACCUUCAUCAGCCGGACAAAAGCUACCUAUUCUGACGCGAGGGCGACGCAGAACCUGGACAAGCUCAAUGAUGAGCUGAGGGACGUGACAAAGGUCAUGACCAAGAAUAUCGAGGAUUUGCUGUAUCGGGGGGACAGCCUGGAGAGGAUGGGCGAGUUGAGCAGUAGGUUGAGGGAUGAUAGCGCAAAGUAUCGCAAGGCAGCCGUGAGGAUCAAUUGGGAUUUGAUGCUGAAGCAGUAUGGGCCUUUUGCCGGGUUGGGGUUGUUUAUAUUGAUUUUUGUCUGGUGGAGGUUUUUCUAG